AUGUCAGUCUCACUGCCCUUCUUCAUCCCUGAUACUUCGCCUAUCUUCACCUACUCAACAUGUUCAAAUUGUACGAGUGGCUCGCAAACAUCGACGGGGGAUUGGCAGAGCGCUUACUCGCCUCGGGGUGAUGGAUACGAUAUUACGUUUCAUCAGACUAAAACAGGGACGGCCACGGUCAACUUUACCACCUCUGCGCAUGGUCUCUUCAUUCAGACGAGUACAGAUACCCAAUGCUCCGCUUCUAUCAGCGUUGACGGUGGGGCAUUCUCGCCUGGCUGCAACAUCACGCUUGACGGACAACGUCAUGAUAUACGUGUUAGACCGCAGGAAGGAAUCGACAUGUUUCAGUUCUUUGGAGUGUCCGGUUCUUCCGCUAUAUCGUCAACGGAUAGCCUGGUCAAUCGAACGCUCGACUCGAGCGAUGAAGCAUUCGUGUACACCUCCGACUGGACACACCUCACAUUAGACGGGACUGAGGGCUCUCCUGCCAAUGAGAGUCUCGUCACGAGUCAUGCUGUCGAGAUGGCAAAGUACUACAACUCCACGGCAAGCAUUACCACCGCCACCAAUGGCAGAGUCGAUAUCAUCUUCACGGGCGCCGCCGUCUACUUUUAUGGCUCCUCUGGUCCUGAUGGCGGAACUGCUGACCUCUACUUUGAUGGAAAUCACUACACCUCGCUCAACUUUCAUAACAGCGCUUGGGAGUCAUAUGCCGCGUUGCUAUUUUUUCAGACAGAUCUGAAUCCCAGUCCACAGUCGAGCCACAACAUCUGCGUCAUCAGUACUUCACAGGGGAGGGAAGUCGUUAUUGACUACGCCGUGACGAGUAUAGUCAGACCAAAAGCGAAAGCAACUCCAUCUCUACCAUUGAUUAUCGGUACCAUUGGCGGAUCCUCCGCCUUCUUGCUCAUUUUUGGCGUCCUCAUCUAUUUGUAUGUCUCUCGUAAGACGCGACCCCAGAAACCUCGCACGCCCAAGGCUACUUAUCCUUUCGGCGGUCUUGCAUCAUCCAAAGCAUCUUCCAUCGAUCAUUGGCGGAAACACGCUGCUGAUGCGCCGAGUCCCGAUCGACCUUCGACAUUCACGGGCUCAAGAGGCUCCUACUCCAACGGCCCAGAUGGGUUUCAAGCAGGUAGCGUGGUAUCCUCUGUACGUCGGAACGGAGGACCGUUUGGACAUCCUUACGGUCCACCUCACGGUAGUCCACCGCCAGAAUAUCCUGACUUUGUACCGUAUCGUGGACCGAUUGAGCCACCUCCAUCAACGUUGCACGGCGAAGCGACGUCACGGGCAGUGGAACGGUCAUCCACCAUUGAGCAAGUGUACUUUUGGUCCUCAACCCAACAGGCGCAGCCGGUGCAGCAAGCUCAACUCGACAGUCCUGCCUCACCGAAUUCUCGCGUAGAGGGUUGGGUCCACCAUGUCAUCGCCGCCAAUUCGCCCAGGCACUCUCUCGGUGGAGAAACCAAUCGGUCUUACCGCACUGCUGUUAGUGAUCAAAGAGGUGGAUCAGCUCGCCCUGGAGAUCAGCAUCAACCCAAGACACCAGUGUCAUCUGGGACGGUCCGAUCCGGGAGCACUCGAACGGAUGAGAUUCCCCUCAGUCCGUACCGCGUCGAAGGUCUCUACAGCCCUGUAUCCGAGCUUUCCUCAGCUGGUCUGGGAGGGAUGACAUCAAGAGCCGUAAGGGCCAAAAGUUCAGUCGCGAAAGUGUGGUCGACAACAGACGGUAUUCCAUCGACUUAUAGGAUCGACUCACAUCUCGGUGAUAUACCUACCGGUGACCAGACCCAUGAGACGAGUGCAAUUCGAGGGGGAGGGACGAUCAGUAACUCGAUGCAGUUUUCUCCUUCUGACACUAUCGCUGGCAGCUAUACCACAACUCCUGAUCAGCUCAUUGGAUCGCGAUACGAUCUCUACACGCCUGAUCCAGCCGUUCGACAGACGUACGCUUCAUCGAGACCUGAUUCUUCUGUCCAAUCACCACUUCGUCGAGGAGUGUCCAUCAAAUCAGUGAAAACGAUGAGAUCAUUCUUCUCUGGGCUGCUAUGGAACAGCUCCUCGCCAUCCGGUACAUCGCAUCUGCCAGAGACGCCUGCGCUUCCGAACCAAAUUCAGGCAGCCAGACCUGAUUCUGGCAUCUUCCCAAUUACGCGGAACGACAGUGUCAUGGUCACGUCGAGGCCAAAAGCCAAGGGAGCCAAGGGAAAGAGGAAACCAAUCCCUCCAUCGGACCAGUCUCCUUCUAGACCACAUCGGUCGCCUGCUCCGGGCCCCUCGUCUUACUCGUCGUUCUCUCCCGCUAUUUCUUCGUCAGUUCAAUCACCCCCUUCGGCUCUGCGUUUGGAUGGACUCGGAGAUAGCCCGAAUUUCUUCAUUGAACUCAAUCCCAACAGUCCAGUGACUAUGUUCGCGCCAAGUAGACCGGGCAGUGAGAUGACUUCGGCGCAGUUUAGGUAG